UAAAGUUUCUGGAAUUCUAGCAUAGAAACGUCUCGUACUUUCCAGAAACCUCCCACGGACAAGGAUUUUCUGGAAUCCCGCGCCAAACGGGCGUUGGAGCGGCGGCCAUUAUCCGAUUAGACAUCGAGGACACAGAUCAAGAAGAACAACGAUGAGCUUGAACCCAAGCGAAUUCACAGACAAGACCAACGCGUACCUGAAGGAGUCGGAAGCGUUGGCAGAAGAACACAAUCAAGCGCAGGUCACGCCAUGGCACCUCACCGCAGUACUGUUCCGCGACAAGGACGGCCUCGCACGACGAAUCGCCGAGAAGGCGCAAGCAGACGGCAAUUCGAUUGCACGAGACGCGUUGGUCCAAGUCACGAAGCUUCCGUCGCAAACGCCUGCACCAGACAACAUUUCCAUUGACUCGGCGCUCACAAAGGUCCUCAAGGCCGCCGUCAAGAUGCGCAAAGAUGCCCAAGACACUCAUCUUGCCGUGGAUCACAUCGUGUUGGCGUUGUUUUCAUUCUCGCCUGUGGCGACAAUGUUGACAUCCCACCGGCUGCAAGAAAAGGCUGUCAAGUCCAUCAACGACGGCAUUCGCGGAGGCCGCCCAGUAACCGGUCAAAACGCAGAAUCCAACUACGAGGCCCUGAAGAAGUACGGCCAAGACCUGGUUGAGCUUGCUUCAGCGGGAAAGAUCGAUCCAGUGAUUGGCCGCGACGAAGAAAUUCGGCGAACGGUGCGAAUCUUGUGCCGUCGGACAAAGAACAACCCGGUCUUGAUUGGUGAGCCUGGUGUCGGGAAGACUGCCAUUGUGGAAGGCCUUGCUCACCGCAUUGUCAUGGGUGAUGUGCCAGAAUCCAUCUCCCAAUGUCACGUUGUGUCAUUGGAUUUGGGCGCGUUAAUCGCCGGUGCCAAGUACCGCGGUGAGUUUGAAGAACGAUUAAAGGCCGUCUUGAAGGAGGUGCAAGACAGCGAUGGCAAAAUCAUUUUGUUCAUCGAUGAAAUGCACUUGAUCCUGGGAGCUGGAGCCACUAGCGGAGCCAUGGAUGCUGCGAACUUGCUCAAGCCGAUGCUGGCUCGUGGUGAAUUGCGAUGCAUUGGUGCUACCACCUUGGAAGAAUACCGCAAGCACGUUGAAAAGGACAAGGCCUUCGAACGCCGAUUUCAGCAAGUGCUGGUCAAGGAGCCGUCUGUUGCCGACACUGUGAGCAUUCUUCGAGGAUUGAAGAACCGGUACGAGUCCCAUCAUGGUGUGGCGAUCACCGACGGUGCGCUUGUUGCUGCUGCGACGUUGGCGGACCGCUACAUCACGGAACGUUUUAUGCCGGACAAGGCGAUCGAUUGCAUUGACGAAGCUUGCGCGAAUGUCCGCGUCCAAUUGGAUUCCCAGCCCGAAGUCAUUGACGCGUUGGAGCGCAAGCAGCUGCAGCUGCAAGUGGAAGCGACUGCGUUGGCCAAAGAAAAAGACAGCCGGUCGAAGGAUCGCCUCAAGGUGGUGCAGCGCGAGUUGUCGCAAGUGCAAGACCAACUGACGCCUCUUGUACUGCAACACCAAGGCGAAAAGGAAAAGGUCAACGAGCUACGCCGCCUCAAGGACAAGCUGAACUCGCUGCACUUGAAAGUGAGCCAGGCUGAACGCAAGGGUGACUUGGCGCAAGUGGCUGACCUCAAGUACUAUGCGAUUCCCGAUGUGGAGCGCACGUUGACCCGAUUGGAGAAGGAGAAGGCCAACGACACGCAGUCGAAUCGGUUGGUUGAAGAAGUGGUCCGUGAAGACCAAAUUGCGCAAGUCGUGGCUCGGUGGACCGGUAUUCCGGUUGACAAACUGACGACGAACGCCAGCGACCGCCUCUUGCACCUCGCUGAUCGACUCAACGAGCGCGUGGUCGGCCAAGGUAAUGCGGUACAAGCAGUGUGCGAUGCUGUUUUGCGAUCGCGUGCCGGUUUGAGUCGCCGCGAUCAACCUACGGGGUCGUUUUUGUUUUUGGGGCCGACAGGCGUGGGCAAAACGGAGCUCGCAAAGGCGUUGGCGCUGGAGCUGUUUGACUCGGAGAAGCACAUGGUGCGCAUCGACAUGUCGGAAUUCAUGGAAGAACAUUCCGUGUCCAAGUUGAUUGGGGCACCCCCUGGUUACGUUGGGUACGACGACCAAGGCGGCCAACUGACCGAACCCAUUCGCCGCAACCCGUACAACGUGGUGUUGUUGGACGAAAUUGAAAAGGCGCACCCCAAGGUGCUCAACGUUUUGCUUCAGCUCAUGGACGAGGGCCGCCUCACGGAUUCCCACGGCCGAACGGUCGACUUUACUAACGUGGUGGUGAUCUUGACGUCGAACAUUGGCGCCGAGUUUUUGCUGCCAUCGGCUGGCAAUGCCUCACCGUUGUCGCUGGACAGCAUGGACCUGCAAAGUCCGACCAAGAAGCCGCGCUUGAUUGACGAGCCAAGUCGAGGUCAGUUUGAAGCCCAAAAGAAGAAGGUGUUGGCCACUCUGCAGCGCACGGUGCGCCCGGAACUGCUCAACCGGCUCGACGACGUGGUGGUGUUUGAGCCGCUGGGCAAGGCGCAGCUGCGGGACAUCGUCAAGUUACAGUUUCGGUCGGCUGAAGACCGCCUCCGCGAGAGCCACCAAAUCACGAUUGCGUUGACGACCCCGGCCCUGGAUGCGAUUUUGGCCGCCGCGUACGACCCACAAUACGGUGCUCGACCGCUCAAGCGCUACAUUGAAAAGCACGUGAUCACUCAACUGAGUCGGUUGAUUUUGGCCGGCAAACUCACGUCCAAGGCCCGCGUCCAAGUCGUGGCUUCCAACGAGUCGGACGGCGUCGACUUUGUCAUUGAGAAAGCAGCCGCUCCCUAAGCACACCGACCUUGCUCCAAAGGUUUGGCUAUUUACAUUAACCCUGUAUAAUUUAUACGUUUUUGUUGAAAAUGCACCGGACUCGCGCUGCCGUUCGUCGUGGGUGCAAUCCACUUGGCGAGGC